AUGUCUGCCAAAACCGUCAAAGUUGCCGCCAUCCAGGCUGAGCCUGUUUGGAACGAUCUUGAAGGGGGAGUCAACAAGGCAAUUGCUUAUAUCGAAGAAGCUGCUUCCAAUGGAGCUAACGUCUUGGGAUUCCCCGAGGUCUUCAUUCCCGGCUAUCCAUGGAGCAUGUGGGCCAACUCCCCUGUCGAAAAUGCAGCCUUCAUGGAUGAAUAUUUCCGAAACUCACUCCCCAAGGAGUCGGAGCAGAUGGACCGAAUCCGAGCUGCGGUGAGAGAGGCUGGAAUGUUUGUUGUUCUCGGGUAUAGUGAGCGCUACAGAGGAUCAAUUUACAUUGCUCAGUCUUUUAUUGACCCCACUGGAACCAUCGUGCACCACCGUCGCAAAAUUAAGCCGACUCACGUGGAACGUGCCAUCUGGGGUGACGGCCAAGCUGAGUCCCUCCAAACCGUUGUUUCGUCGCCUUUCGGAAAUAUCGGCGGACUGAACUGCUGGGAGCAUACUCAAACUCUUCUUCGCUACUACGAGUACGCCCAAGAUGUCGACAUCCAUGUUGCUAGUUGGCCUCUAAUCUGGGACAUGCCGCCCCAGGAAAAGAUGCCAUGGACGUACCAGAUCACUCCGGGUCUCAACUCUAGUCUCUCCCAGAUCAUGGCCUUUGAAGGCGCUUGCUUUGUCCUUGUUUGCACUCAAGUUUUGACCGAAAAGAAUCGCGAAAAAUGUCGCCUGGAAAACUUCGAAUAUGCCACUGCGCCUGGUGGGGGGUUCUCCAUGAUCUACGGACCCGAGGGAACUCCUCUGGUUAAGCAACCAGCCCCUGGUGAGGAAAUUAUCCUGUAUGCCGACAUUGACCUCCAUGACAAGGCGGUCGCCAAGCACAAUCUGGAUAUUGUUGGCCAUUAUUCUCGGCCAGAUUUGCUCAGCCUUCGGGUCACAACUGAGGCGGGAAAGCCAAUUCAUUUCAAGGAGUGA